GAAAUUCUGUAUCUCUGGAUAUCUGUGACUGACUGCAUCGAGCUAAGACAAUAAAUAUUUCAUGACUGCACGGGUCAAUAGGCUUAGGACUGAAAGGUAUUCCACAAGCAACACGGGUAUCGCAUGUAUUCCUGUUGCUAAGACAGGAUCUGAAUUUACAUUUAAGUAAACAGAGACAUAAACACACCACCUGAUGGAGUAUUACACUGUAAGAAAACCCACAUCAAGCUUUGGAGGAUUUAGUAGUUGAGCCAAAUUUAGUUGACUACCAGAGUGUAUGGAUGGAGGAUAAAAUAUGGAGCAGACCAUUGUGUCACUGGAUUGUCUAAGCCUAGCUGAGAGAGACAGAACUUAUGAGGCUAAAUUUGAGGAUGAGUGGGAUACAGACACUGAAGCUGAAGAAGAGAAAUACGAAAGACACGUCCACAGCUGAGGUGUAUCUGCAGGCAUGCAAACUGCUCGGUGUCGUUCCAGUCAGCUACUUUCUGAGAAACCUUGGCUGUGCCACCAUUAACCUCAACCACCAUGGACUCGGCCCUUUAGGUGGAAAAGCUCUGGCCAUCGCUCUUGUGACUGACACACACACAACAACCCUGGAACUGGCUGACAAUUUUCUGUUGGCUGAGGGAGCAAGAGAUCUUGUUCAGAUGCUGAAGGCUAAUUUAACUAUUCAAAAUUUGGAUCUCUCUGACAAUCAUUUACAAUCUGCUGGAGCUGAGCAUGUCACAAGGAUCCUGGUGGAUAACGUGUCUAUCAGAUCACUCAGACUAUCUGGAAACGGAUUCUCCGAGAAUGAUGCCAAAUGGUUUGCAGAAGCCUUUACGACCAACUACAGAGUAAAAGAGUUAGACCUGAGUCACAAUAAGUUCUGUGGAAGAGCAGGAGAAUACCUUGGUCAAAUGCUAGCUAACAACGAGGGUGUAGAGGUCCUUAAUCUGAGUUGGAAUCACCUCCGGAUGAAGGGUGCUGUGGCUUUCUGCGCUGGACUUAAAGUCAAUGUGACUCUGAAACACUUAGACCUCUCCUGGAACGGCUUUGGCAAUGAAGGAGCGCUGGCUUUGGGUGAAGCUCUGAAAUUCAACAAUACGUUAGUUUUUCUGGACCUUAGUAACAACCGCAUCAGUGAUGAAGGAGUCGGAAUGCUUUGCAGGGGACUUGAGACCAAUGACACUCUCAGAACACUGAAGCUGGCUUAUAAUUCACUGACAGUAGAAGGUGCCUUGGCUUUGAUCAGUGUCAUAAAGAACUCUCUGAAAACAGCCCUCGAGGAGAUCAACAUAUGUAACGUGCUGGUGAAUGAACUCUUUAUACAGCUGCUGGAGUUGACAUGUCAGGACCACCCUGCCUUACAGGUGCACUAUGGUGGUGUUGGAGGAUUUAUUGCCAAAAAGCCUCCAAAGAGGCCUGACCCUAUGAAGGUUAUUCAGGAUUAUCUUGAUCAGCGCAAGCUUCGGCUGUGGGAUUUCUUCCGCAACAUCGAUAAAGAUGGGACAAUGCAUGUUUCUGUCUCAGACUUCAGAAAGGCAGUGCAGCAUUCUAACAUCCCACUGGAUCGCUUUCAGAUUGAACAGCUCAUCCAAAAACUAGACCGGGAAGGAACAGGCAUGGUAGAUUAUAGAGGCUUGGCUGACACGAGAAAGCAGAUGAUGCGAGACCAUCGUCGAAAGCUGCGCAAAGUAGAGUCCCGUCAGAAGAAGGAGAAGCAGAAGAGUGAGCGCAUCCUCAAGACCUUCCAAUCAGCCGUUGAGGCCGUUACCCCACGUACCUCCAUUGUCAUGUCACCAGGAGGAAUUAAAGAGGACUCCAGUGGCCCUCAGCGCUUUUCAGCCACCCCCCUCAGUUCCUGGCAUCACAUUGUCAUAUCCAACAGCAGCCGUUACUCCGUCACUAACAUGAGCAGCGAGCAUGGCCAGUUUCCUAUGAUAAGGAAUGCUGCAUCCUGCAGGUCCCUGAGCUCCCCAGCCAUGCGCUCUUACUCCCAGCCUAACCUAAUAGACAAUCGCAGCUCCCUGCCUUCGCUAACCAAACCUGCAUCAGCUCAGGGUAUGAACACUAUCUCCAGUAAACUUAGUCCCACUGACAACAACCUGACAAGAUCAAGACCGGCAAUAAACACUGAGCAACCCAUUGUACGAGUAAAAGUUUCCAAUGGGAAGAAAAAGAAAAGUAAAAAAAAAAGUUGA